AUUUUCAGAGGUAAAGAUGUGACACUGCUGUACUCUCAGCUGAAGCUCUUCUUCAAUGGUGUGACCUGCACCAAGCCUCGCAGCAGCAGGAACUCCAGCAUCGAGGCCUUUGUGGUCUGUCAGAAUUACUCUCCUCCCAAAGGCUACAUCCCCAACAUGUCUAAUCCUCUGCUGGAUCACUCCUAUGAUGUGGAUUUUAACCAGUUAGAAGGUCCGAACCGUGUCAUUGUCCCGUUCCUGGCGUGUGGUGACCUCAGCGCCUAUGACUCUGACAGAACCUACCCUUUGCAGCUUGAUGCUGAUAAAGAGUACCAGUAUACCCCCCCUACUCAGCCACCCAUACGUCCCCCGUACCAGCAGGCCUGCCAUCUCCGCAAAAAGAACCUGCUGUCCAGAGAGGAUGCUCCAUCAGUCUGUCCCACCCAGAGCCAAGAUGAGUCAGAGCCAAAUGCUGAAUCAACCUGAUCCACAUGACUUACGCUCUUCGUGGUUUAAAGAAAAAAACAAACAAAAAACAAAAGCGGCCAACACCCGGAUACAGUGGAUAGUUACUAUUAAAAGAAAUCUUUCCUGACAGAUGAGAAGAUGGCUAACAGUUUAAUUUCUAUAAGGCCGGCAGUGGUAUGUCCAUCAACAAAGACACUGGAGGUUGUUUUGAAUGUUUUUUCUAAGCAGAGGAGUAUGUUUUUAUUGAUUUGUAUUUUUAUGCAAAAUUCUUUGAAACAAAUGUUUUUAUCCAUUACUUUUAAAUUGAGAAAAUUUUUAUUUUAAGCCAAACCAGGCACAGUCAAUGUUAUAUUGUUUUUUUCCAUGACUAAUAAUUGUUCAGUUAUCACACUAUAAUGAAAUUGUAUAAAAAAGUGAAAUAAAAGCACUCACUAUGGUGAUGUUUAGUAUUUAA